UGUCAGCUCUUCUAAUAAACCAAACGCAACAAUUUUGAAAGAUAUCCAAACAAAUCAAAAUUGUUACAGUGAAGAACGUCGACAGAGAGAAACCUUGAAUCAUACAGAAGCAAUUGAUGAUGAUGCUUAUCCUAUUGUUAAGGAAGAUAAAGAGCAAAAACAACAAAGAAACCAGUUUCUAUUUGAGAGGAAAAGAAGAGAUAUUGAAAUAUCUUCGAUCAAUCGAGAAAAAAAUGCUAAAAGGAUUCGAGAAAUAAGAGCAGAUAUGAGCUAUUACGAAAAUGAAAAAAGAAUGAACAGAUUUCGUAUUCGUAAGAUAAGGAAUGAAAACAUGGAAUACUAUGCAAGAGAGAAGAACAACAUUUCAUGUAAAUUAGCAGAAAAACGUUUAACAAACGUAAAAGUCCAAGCUGCGUCGAAUCAUUCAAAUUUCUUGAAUAUGCGUUUACAGAGAAGCAAUGAAACGUAUCAUGUUAAUGAAAUUGCACGCAACAGAUUAUUACGACGGGAGCAAAGAAUGGAUGAAUUCAUAGCUCAUCGAGACAGAUACUACAACCUUCUAAUUCGUUCGAAUGAUAUUCAAUCGAAAUCAAUAAGGGAAUUCAUUGAGAAUAGAAAGCAGAUGCCCAGUUAUGUAUGCGCAAGCUGCGAGGGUUCAUUUUUCUUUAAGAGUGUUCAAAAAAUUUCUAAACAGAUAAUUGAUAAAAUUAUGAAAAACGAAAACAUUCAAAAUACUUGCGAUUCACGCACUUUGAAUUAUUAUUUUCAAAAUUCUUGUAAUUAUCUGUGCAAAACUUGCAUUAAAUAUGUAAAAGAACGUAAAAUUCCUAAGCUUGCUACAAGUUGGGGCUUAAAAUUACCGCCGGUUCCUGAAUGCAUUACAAGACUUAAUGACAUUGAAGAAAGAAUAGUUUCUCCUUAUGUUGCUUUCCAAAAGGUUGUUCUCAUGUCAAAACGUGCUUGUAAUCCACAGCUUGGAAUGAAAGGGAGUGCAAUUCAUGUGCCUAGUAGUGUGCCCCUAAUGGUUUCGUCUUUGCCAAGACAACUAAAUAAUCUUGAUGUUAUACCUAUACCGGUGGAAUUCAAACGACAUAUGGGUCACUCUUCCACAUAUAUUAGUGGAUUGGUCCGUGCGUCAUAUGUAUCAGAAGCUCUUGAUUAUUUGAAAAAUACUGAUUUAUACAAAAAACAUGACAUACAAGUUUCUUCUCAUGAAAUGAGAAUUUUCACGGAAGAAAUCAAUCGGAACAAUGUCAUAAAUUUAGAUGACAGUGAAAAUCAAGUUGCUUCAAGCGACGAAGGUAAUAUUAGGGAUAAUCAACCCUGUUCUGGAUUAGAACAAGAAGUGAAUCUGAAUUUACAAUUUGACGGUUUAGAGGUCGAUGAUGAAUUUUAUGAACAUUUGGUAGAUGAUGAUGAUGAAUGUUUACUUUUCGACUUCAAUCAACAAACGGCACAACAUGCCACUAUUGUUAUGGCUCCAGGACAAAAUCACUGGCCUGUUUCAGUUCACAUUCAACCAGAUGUUGAGUGUUUUUGUUUUCCAAAAAUUUUUGCUGGAAAAAAAAGGCAAAUACUUAACAAAAAUAUUACGAGAUCUGAUUUAAUUAAAUGGGAAGUACGCUGCCACACAGUAAAAAUUUCGGCAUUCAGAAUUUUAUAUUUGGCCAAAAUCAAAUUGGAAUCAGAAGUUCUUAGUUCAACUACACUUACACUAAAAAAGAAAUCUAAUGCUAAAGGUGUUACAGUUGAGGAAGCAUUGAAUCCCCAGUUUAUUACAGAGCUUAGGCAGCAUAAUGAUGGGUUGAAUUUUUUAAAGCACAUCAGAUGUUCUCCAAGUUUUUGGAGCUCGAAGAAAAAGAAUCUCUUUGCGAUGUUGCGGCAGUGCGGAAAACCUAUGUUUUUCUUAACCGUGUCUGCAGUUGAAAAUAAAUGGCCUGAAUUGAUACAAGGUUUGGUAUUGAAGACUACAGGGAAACAAAUUUCGUUAUUGCAAGCUCUUAACCUUCCGGAACAACAAAAACACGAUCUUAUCAAAGAAAAUCCUGUUUACUCAGCAUUGUACUAUGAUUUUAAAAUUACUGAGCUAAUAAAAUUAAUGAAACAAAGCUCAGGCCCAUUCCAACCGUAUAAAAUAACAGACUUUUACCGAAGGCGCGAAUUUCAAAUGAGGGGAUCUCCCCACGAUCAUAUGUUACUGUUCAUUGAAGAUGCACCUUGUCUAGAUUUAAAUGAUGAAGAUAGUAUAAAAGCUUUUGAAAAAUUUGCAGAUACAUUUAUCACAUGUCAGUAUGACGCUGAUAAUCCACUUUGUAAAUAUUUGCGUCACAAGCACACUGAUACAUGUUCAAAAGGACGAAGUAAUAAAAACACAUGUAGAUUUAAUUUUCCAAAAUUUGUUCUAUCAGAAACUAAAAUUUUAAAACCAUUGCCCAAGAACGAAAUUACUGCAGCGGUUAAGAGAAAUCUACAGAAAAUAAAAGAAACGAUGGAAGUUCUAUAUUCAAGUAAAGAAAGAUCAAAUCUUAGUUUUGAAGAAAUUUUAGAAAGCUUAGAUUUGACAAAAGAUGAUUACAUUAACGCUUUAAGAGCUUCUAUAAGUAAAGUUACAAUAUUUUACAAACGCAGGAGUUGUGAAGUUGAUAUCAAUUCUUAUAAUCCAAUAAUAUUGAAUUUAAUGGAAUCAAAUACAGAUUUGCAACUUAUUCUAGAUGAAUACGGCGUUGCAGCAUACAUUGUUGAUUACAUAGCUAAGUCUGAAUCAGGACUCUCGAAGCAAUUGAAAGAACUGCAAAAUGAAUUAGAUAAAAGAAAUACUACUUAUCUUGAAAAGUUAAGGACAAUUGCUAACAAAUUUAUCAAUUCGAAUCUAAUGAGUGUCAGCGAAGCUAUUUAUCACUGUUUAAGUAUUCCUUUGUCCCAUUUCAGUCGAACUCAUAUAUAUAUCAGCACCUGUAAAUCUGAAGAUAGAGUAGUUUUUCUUAAAUCAGAAAAACAAUUAAGAUCAAUGUGCAAAGAUAGUACUGAUAUCGCUGGUAAAGAUAUCAUAACAUAUUAUGCGGAACGGGUAGAUUUACAGAACAUUUGUUUAGCUGAGUACGCUGCAUUUUAUUUUAAAACUAAAGGUAAAAGACGUCCUGAUAAGAACAGGUCAGAGAUUUCUGACGAAGAAGAGGACAUUGAAGAAACAGAAGUAGAUAGAGAAAAUCCUAAUCAUAAGAGAAGAAAAAUAGCUCGGAUUCUAAGAUAUAAUCGAUACAAAAUCGAACAAGAUCCCGACAAUUAUUAUCGAGAGCAACUACUUCUAUUCUAUCCUUGGAGAAAUGAAAUCAAUGAAAUUGAAACAGUAAACUGGUUGGAAGUGUAUAAUAAUAACCUAGGUGUUAUUACUAGAAAUCGUUCUAAAUUUCAAAUACUGUCAGAUGAUGUAAUAGACAAAGCAAUAGAAGCCGCAAUUGAUAAUAGAGCAGAAUUAGAAAACGAAGAAAUUUCCGAAUUCGAACAAAAUCAGUUGUCUAAAGAUCAUGAAAUUGAUAUUCUUAUACAAGGAGGUAUUGAUAGACCGAAAACGUUUACUCCAUUUGUGUAUUCGGCUCCUCCGAAAGUAAACAAACGUGAUCUUCUUGAAAAUCUAAGGAAGCUGAAUAACAGACAAAGAGAAAUUGUAAUUCAUAUUUACAAAUGUUUUAAACUGAACAAGUUACCUUUUAAAAUUUUUAUCUCCGGCUCAGCAGGUGUUGGAAAAAGUUUAGUUAUAUCAACAAUAUAUCAAUUGAUUACAUAUUUUCUGGAGUACUGUGUUGAAACCUCAGUUUGGCAAUCAUCAGAUUCUGUCAAAGUGUUAUUAAGCGCGUUUUCUGGCAAAGCUGCCUUUUUAAUUGGAGGGAAUACUUUACACUCAGCCUUUGCCUUACCUUUGACUGAAACUAGAAACAUUCCAGAUUUACCUAUGGACGUCGCAAAUAAUUUACGUCAACAGUUGUUACAUUGUAAAUUGAUAGUUAUAGAUGAAAUAUCAAUGGUUGGAAGUACCAUUUUUAGUCGUAUAGAUACAAGAUUGCGCCAAAUUACAGGAGUUGAUGAAAGUUUUGGUGGUUUAUCUGUAAUAACCGUAGGAGAUUUCCGACAACUUCCGCCGGUCAAAGAUAGAUUCAUUUUUAACCCUCCCAGAGAUUGUUUGGUGACGUUGGAUCUUUCCCCUUUAUGGGCGGAUUUUGAAUUUUAUGAAUUAACUGAGGUCAUGAGGCAGAAAGACGACUUAGACUUUGUUAAUGCGUUAAAUAAUUUUGCCCAGGGAACUAUGAAUGCAGCAGAUAUCAACGUUUUUAAAAGUAGAGAAGUCGCUGAAAAUGAAGUACCUAGUGACGCUAUAAGGUUGUACUAUACGAAUUUGGAUGUUGACAGAUAUAAUGCCAUAAAAAUUGCAGAGUCUAAGGAAACCGAAAUUUUAAGUUUGGCUGAAGAUAAAUUGACAGGCAAUUUGAAAGAAGAACAAAUUUUAAAGAAACUUGAUAUUUGGAAGGCUAAAACUACCAGAGAUUGUGGAGGGUAUCCAUAUUCAAUACAAUUCAAAAAAGGUAUCAAGUACAUGGUAACUGCAAAUCUAGAUGUAUCGGAUGGUAUCGUAAACGGCGCAACUGGAGUUUUGGAAUUUGUUUUUUGCAAUCCACAGUCAAAUAAACCUAUCAUAGUGUAUCUUAAUUUUGACAGUAAGAAAGUUGGCAGAAACGCUCGACUUAAAUUUCAUGAAUUUACAGAAAAUUUGCAUCUUAACAAAAACUGGACGCCUAUUGAAAGACAAAGAUAUAGUUUGACUAAUCAUUUUCAACGUGACUAUCAAAUUACUCGAAAUCAAUUCCCAUUAGUUCCCUGUGAAGCGCUUACAAUUCAUAAAAGUCAGGGACAAACAUAUUCAAAAGUAUGCGUUGAUUUACGCAAGAAAGGGAACUCGACUCGUCAGUUAAUUUAUGUUGCCUUGAGUCGUGUUUCGAAAUUAUCUGGUCUUUAUAUAUUAGGAAAUUUUCCGGGAAAUAUGGCCGACAAUCCUACUAUCAGAGCUUGUUUGAAAGAAACGGAAAGAUUGAAGACGUAUAGACAAUUAACUUUAUCUUUUAAUAAUUUAACAACUCACACAGGAUUGGUUAUUGCUUAUCAGAAUUCUAGAUCUUUAAGAGAAAAUUUGAAGUAUAUCAACGCGGAUGCAUGGUAUUCGAGAUGUGACAUAAUUGUAUUUUCUGAAACGGGUAUCCUGACAAACGAUGAAGUAAAUAUACCCAAUUUUAAUAUUGUUUACCGAUCAGAUAGACAAACACUUCCAUUGUUUGUUAAGAGUGGCAUUGCAAAAGGUAUAAUAUGCUAUGCGAAAAUUGGUUUAAUAAUUUCAGUAGAAAGUCAUAAGACGGUUUUUAAAGCCAAUAACCUCAAUAAAUAUGUUGGCCAUACCGACUUAGUGAUUCUAAAACAUAGACAUAUUUCGCUUCUUACAGGCUAUAAAUCACCUAAAAUUAAUUGUAAUGAAUUUAUAUCUGUAUUCAAUUCAAUUCACAAUGAUUAUAAUGACCCAACCAUAUUGAUAGGAGAUUUCAAUUUCAAUCUCAACAGUACAUGUGACGAAACAAAAAAAAUUGUUAAAUACCUGAAUAGAAAGAAUCUUUUUGAUAAGUUAGUUUGUAACGAGCCUACAACAGAUCUAGGUUCAAGAUUAGAUAUUGUGUUUUCUAACAUAAGAAAUAUUUCAACUGGUGUAUAUGAGUCUUAUUUUUCUGACCACAAACCAGUCUUUGCAAUAAUUCGUGAAACAGUAUUGGAAUUAGAAUCCGCUGAAUUUCUAGAAAGUGAGUACUUUGAUAAUUCUUCAUCAAAUUUAGUUAAUGACAACAUUCACAAUGAACUUUUCAAUGACCCUCCAGAAGAAUUUUUUAAUGAUGCUGAUAUUUUGAAUGAAAAUUCAACAACACAUAUACUUGAAAACGAAGAAUGGUCCAACGCUGAACUUUUUAGAAAUUUGAAUGAUGCGUUAUUAGAUAUUUUGGUUACUUCAAUUGAUUUUAAUGUAGAUACAGAAUACCGCAUUAUGUCAUUGUUAGAAAAUUAUUCUGAAUCCCUUGAUCUUGCUUAUACGCAUUUGAACGUUUGCCCAAUUCAUAUUUUUGACCGUUUACGUGAUCUUGACAGGAUGGCAAACGAACAGUAUUUUCAAGAAUUUGUUGAAAUUGAAAUCCCGAGAGAUGGAAAUUGUCAGUUCCAUUCGAUUUCAUAUUCUUUGAUUGGAAAUACAAUAUUGUCAAAUGUUCUCCGAACGUUCGCAUUCAGAAGUGUUUUACAAAAUAAGUCCUAUUUUGAAGGUAGAGAAAAUUUACUUGAAUCGGGAUCAUUUUUCAAUCUUCUUUGUGUUUCAUGCGAAGACAGUGCCUGGGGUAAUGCGGAUACUUUAUACGCAUUAAGCAUUAUUUUAAAACGAAGUAUUUUUGUUGUUAUCAAAGGAACCCCAGUUAAUUGUUUAGAAAUCAGACCACCAGUCGUAUCAUUGACUCCAAUUGUUAUGAUUUACGGAUCUUCACAUUAUAAUGUACUUCUUCCUAAAAAACUUCAUUCUAAAUAUGAGUUUCCGAAUACAAGUGUAAUUAAUGUAAGAGAAAGUGAACUGUUCUUGUAAUUUUUGUUUUUUAUACGAUUCACACAUUAAUUAUUGGAUUAAUAUUGAGUACAGUACAUAAUAGUUGUGAUGUUUUUCUCUGGUUGCUAAAUAAGAUCAGAAAAAAUAUGUGGCAUCAAUUUGCAAGUCUUUCAUUUGAGCUUCCUUCGCGCACGCAGUGUAUCAGAUACAUCAAUAAAAGCGUGGCUGGACACGUGGACAUCCACUAAGGCGUGGCGAGACACCCGCCUUGAACAAGCACAGUGUGACGAGAUAUCCAUUGUUAAAAGCGAAUACGAUUAUCCAAGAUUCACCGGAAUGGAAACCAUCCUACGACCAGGGAAGAGCGCAGUCCAGUUUGAUUUACUUCAUGCUGACCGAAGCUACAACAGCGGAAAUCGAGGAGGUUUGCGAUUAUGCAGCAAAUUUCGAUAGCUAUUGAUCGGAAUCCAACUAAUAAUCUGCAUCUGAGAACCUUUAUCGAAAAUCCUGAUAUUCCGCGCUUGCCCGCCGGAGUCCUUUACGAAAAAUUUAGCAACGGUGGCACGCGGUGCUGGUUUGUUGAUCAAGACGGUCAAAAACUUCGGCAUCAUGAGUAACGUGCCGCGGAUUGGAGCUUGAUGCCAUUUCCAAUCCAAAAACAAUCGCCGUGCCCGUCACCUGAGACGAGUGGGGAAUUAUUAUAGCCCACGGCAAGGCUGUGUUGCUCAAAAGGUGGACCGAUAAUCAACGUUUUUCAGUUACGAGCUAACGGCGCUUCCAUCAGCGAUUUCAAGUGGCCAAAAUUAUUCAUCGAAGGUGCAUGUGCAUGUUCCUAGGCGUAUUGAUCAGCCCAAGGACAUUUUGUGAUGGUCACAUUUUCAUUGGAUGCUUCAGAUGAAUGCAUAAGCGUUGGUGAGCGAACACCCAUUUGUUUUUAGACGCUCUCAGAGGUCGGAUACCUUCACUUACCACCAGAUGUCGGUCGGAAAAAUGUAGUUAUCUACCGCCUUUAAUCUGCCGGAGAAAGGAGACUAGCUGUUUCUGAGUAACCAUAAGUUCAACAUCGAGUCGAAGAUUCCAUACCUGCCAGAGUAGUGAGAUUGGCCGCAGUGCAUCGAAUGAAUUUUCUGGAUAUAUCCCAAGAGUUAAACUACGCAACAGGAUUUGGCAGCCGACUUUAUGCUUAAGCUGCAUAAGCGUUCUGAAUGAUACGUCGCAAGCGUCAAUGAUAAAGGCAGAUAACAAUCGUACGGGUGCUGAAAAUCAUCCCGAUAUGGAACUACAACGCUGCACGGGGAAUAGACUACAUCACAUUUGUAAAAAAUGCGAUGAUUCCACGGCGAUUGUUUGAUUCUAUGCUCGCCAAAUUUCGCGCGAACACAAACGAUUGCUGGCGAAUACAGUACCAGCAACAAAAAAAACCAUCUCCACCCCGUCUGGGGCUGAGUAAAUGGCUUGAAGUUUGUACAAACAGCACCAUACACCAUGCCAUAGACAACACAAAUGGCGUGUGCAAAUUCGAUGAUUCCAAGACGAUUGUUUGAUCUAUGCUCGCCCACACACGAUACAAACGUAUUUAGCGCGAACACAAACGAUGGCUGACGAUAACACUAACAACAAAAAACCACCGCCACCCCUACUGGGACUGAGUAAAUUUCCUGAAUAUUGUACAAACAGCACCGUACACUAUGCCACAGAGGGUGGUUUGUGCAAAAUAUUUCGAUCCAGACUGAUUUUACUCAAACCGUUUGCGCGCUCAUUCAAGCAGUGCCAUACCUCUUGCUAGUGAAUUAGUGGUCCAUGGUUCAUAAAAAAUUUAUUUGUUCAAAAAAUUUUUUGAUUGUUAUGACACUAAUCUAAGUUUCAAUUACUCAUACUAUUACAUUCGAUUACCAUUCGAAUUUGGAUUUCUCCAAUUGUCCGCUUAACUUAACAUUAUGAAACGAAUUCAAAUCCAUACGCGGAAUACAAAUUCAAUUUACAUUUUAUAAUUCAUAAUUUGGAUUCAAAAACCAGCAUCUAAAUAGAAUUCAAAUUUAAAUGCAGACUCACAAUUCAGAAUCACAGUUCAAAUUAAAAAAUCAGCAUUCAGUUCAAAAUAAUAUUAAAAUAAUAAUAUCAUAUUCAAAUCUGAUUUUGGAAUUGUAAUUCACAGUUGUAAAUUCAAAUUCUGGUUUAAGAUUCAAAAUGUACAUAUUUCUGAUAAAACUAGCUGACCCGGUAAACUUCGUUCUACCUUCUAAAGUAUAAAUCGUAAUAAAUUUUAUCUACACGUCCUUAACUGCAUCGUGCUCGCGAAUAGAUUCUUAAGGAAAUCGUAACAAAUAAAGUAGAAUUUGUAUUGGAACCACCUUUCAUAAAAAGUGAGAUCCUUGAAACUAUUAUACAAACCAUCUCUGACCCAAAAAACCCUCGGAUACCAAAUUUCACUUCAUUCCGACCGACCAUUCAUACGUGAUGUUGUUACAAAGAAAACGCCUCCAUUUUUAUAUAUAAGAAAUAGAAUAAUUGAGGCCCUCAGGAUCAGAGGGGUGCAAGUGCCAAAAUCAUCAGUUUUGAGUUAAGUAUACCUAACGGUGCAAAACUCAGAUUUUUUCUAUAAUUUAUUAACACUUGUUUGAUUGAAUUAAAACUGCUCGAAUUCGAAAAAUAUAUGAGAACUCGAGCACCUUCCCAACUUUGAAGCGCGUUUUCUCGAAACUAUCAUUUAGGCACUUGACCCCUUUGAUCCCAAGCGCCUCAAUUUGAAUUUAGAAUUUACCUCUACAUAUUAUAAUGUCAUGGGGUUAAUUCAUGAGAUUUUAUGAUUUUAUACUAAAAUGAACGGGUUUCAAAUUACAGAUUCUGUUUUUAGAAUUAUAUUUUUGGUUCCUAUCUUUUCUAGUUGUA